AUGGAAUACGGACUGUGUCUCCUGUUUCAUGACCAUGUGAACAGCACAGCAGUUGAUCACACUUCCGUUUCCCAAGAUGCAGCGGGGAUUCACCAACUUCUGAUCAAACAAAUGUCAUACUUGGAAAACAGCGUACGACUCCUUACAGAUGAAGUCUCAAGUCUAAAAAGGAAUCGGUCAAAAGCUGACACUGAAAUGUCAAACUUAAAGCAGAGACUUGAGUCCACUGAACAGCAUAAUCAAGAUUUAAAGCAAAGACUUAAACGUACAGAACAGCAGAUUACAGAAAUGUCACAGAUAUCGUUCUCACCAGAAGACAUGUGUAAUCGAACAGAUAAUUUAAGUCAAAACUGGAAUCUUCAGGAAGAGAGACUUAAAAAACUAGAAAGCGAUGUGGGCAGCACGGUGUCAGUAACAAGAACCUUAGCUGUAAAUGGUGAAAAGGAUAGAAACAGAACAUCGAUAAUAGAAAAGAAUGUGUCUGUUCUAAAAGAUGAACUUAGAAAUGUUCAUUUAUAUCUAGUGCAGGCAAGCAGCAAAUCAAAUGAAAUCAAUUCGACUUUGGAAUGGCAUAUAAAUGAUAGCAUACUGAAAAUUCAAAAGAUUAUAGAUUUUACAAAUCCUAUUGGAUUUACUGCUGGGUCAACAAUUAGCAACUCCUUUUCUGGUUCAACGCUGAUCUUUAACAAACUGGUCUACAGCAUUGGUGGUGGUUAUGAUACGUCUACAGGUGUUUUCACUUCACCUGUGACAGGUGUUUUUGUUUUUUAUGUUGCCGUGGUCUCACAAGAGACCACUGAUUUGUUUCUGGACAUUAUGUUAAACGGUGUUGCAAAAGUGAGAACAUUGUCAUUUGUUCCAACGGGAACACCUAUCAGUCAAACAGGAACAAAUAUUGCUGUCUUACAUAUACAGAGUGGAGACAGGGUUUGGAUAAAAAAUCAUAAUGGUGGAGGAUACCGCGCAGAUAGAGGUGUACCGAUUGUUACCUUUAGUGGCUUCCGAUUAUAA